ACCUCUCUGAGUGCCAGGCCGCACAGAGCCUCAAUGCCGCCAUGAAGGCCAAGGGCAGGAAGUACUUUGGUACUGCCACUGACCCCUACCGAUUCAACAGCGGCAAGAACGCUGCCAUCAUCAAGGCCGACUUUGGCCAGGUCACCUGCGAGAACUCGAUGAAGUGGGAUGCCACCGAGCCCACGCGCGGCAACUUCAACUUUGGCACUGCCGACCAGACGGUCAAGUUUGCCAAGGACAACGGCCAGCUCAUCCGUGGCCACACCACCGUCUGGCACUCUCAGCUGCCCUCGUGGGUCAGCCAGAUCAGUGACAAGGCCACUUUGACCUCCGUCAUGCAGAACCACAUCAAGACCGUCAUGGGACGCUGGAAGGGCCAGAUCUACGCCUGGGACGUCAUCAACGAGAUGUUCGCCGAGAACGGAGGCUUCCGUGCCAGUGUCUUCUACAACGUCCUUGGCGAGGACUUUGUCCGCAUUGCUUUCGAGGCCGCCAAGGCUGCUGACCCGGCCGCCAAGCUGUACAUCAACGACUACAACCUCGACGUUGCUUCGUACGCAAAGACCCAGGGCAUGGCCAAAUACGUCAAGAAGUGGAUCUCCCAGGGUGUUGCCAUUGACGGUAUCGGCUCCCAGACUCACCUGAGCUCCGGCCAGGGCGCCGCCACCAUCGACGCCAUGAAGCUUCUCUGCAGCUCUGCUCCCGAGUGCGCCAUGACCGAGGUCGACAUCCAGAACGCCCAGCAGGCCGACUGGACCAACGUUGUCAAGGCUUGCCUCAACCAGACCAACUGCGUCGGUAUCACCGUCUGGGGUGUCCGCGACAGCGACUCCUGGAGGCCCAACGGCAACCCCCUCCUCUUCGACUCCAACUUCAACCCCAAGCAGGCUUACACCACCGUUCUCAAUGCUCUCAAGUAAAGUGCCGUCGGCCAUGCCACGGACGUUGCCAACUCUUGCAGCAACCUCGGCUCUUUUUGGAUUCGCUCUUGAAACUCC